AUGGCAGUCGACAACACGUCGGGCGAUUUUUUCGCAGUUAAGUCCGCAUCGUCGCAAGCGUCGCAGGCGUCGCCUCAGCAACAAGAGAGGUUGAGAAACAACAAUGGCGCAGUCGAAGCUUUGGAAAACGAGAUCUCCAUCCUUUCCACCCUCGACUGCGAGCAGAUCGUGGGAUUCCGCGGCGCGGAUUGGUCGCAAGAAGGCGACGCGAAGAGCCUAAAUCUGCUCCUCACCAGCGACGGCCACGUCAAAAUCGCCGACUUCGGCGCCGCCUUCCGUGUCAGCAGCACCUCCCCCGCCGCCGCAGCCGCCACCACCAUUGCGGCGCGCGAAGUCGCGGGUUGGUCCGCCGCCGCCGCCGCCGCCACCGGCGCAAGCCACGGGCUGCGCGGAACGGCGAACUGGAUGGCGCCGGAGGUGGGGCGCGGGGAGCAGCAGACCCCCGCCGUUGACAUCUGGUCCCUCGGAUGCACUGUUCUCGAGAUGGCGACCGGUCGUCCCGCGUGGUCCGACGUGACAGGUGGCAUGUUCUCCGUGCUUUACGCGGUUUCGUGCACGGAUGCGAUGCCGCGAAUUGCGGCGGAGGUUCCGGCGGCGGUGCGCGGGUUUAUUGAGUGCUGCCUGCGGAGGAACCCCGCGGAGCGGUGGACUGCGGCGGAGUUGCUGGCGCAUCCGUUCCUCGCGGAGGUUGCGGAGGGGGGUGAGGGAGAGGAAGUCGCGCGGAAAGCGGCGCUGGUUUGCGCAACUCCGCGUUCCCCGACCUCCCCGUUCGACUACGGCCUCGAUUCCGAUUCCGAUUGUGAUUCGAUUGUACCAGCAGCAGCAGCGGGGAGCGAAUCAUCCAAGCGCAAGCGGUCUGAUGAUGACGAUGACGUGGCAGAUCGCAAGCGUCAGCGCGACGUCUCGGCGGAGCAGAAGCAGUCGUUCCAGUGGCCCAAGUCGGUGCUGUGCCCCGCCGCUGCUGAUUGGAUCGUUGUCCUCGCGCUGCGACCCGUCGUUGACGCCUAG